AUGGGGGGCUUCGGCAACAGCGGAUAUCGCGCCGGACGCAGCUCGACACCUACGCUCUCUGCCGAUCCGUUCAAGACGAGGUUCUCUACUCCUUCUUCGCCCUUCUAUCCUCGUCAUAAGGACCAUAAGAAUCGCACGUUUAGGGUGCCGAUCAAAGUCUUCAAUCACGUCUCCCUGAACCAAACAAGACCGGUUUACGACUUAUUCAAGCCGAUCAUUUCAACACGAGACAUAGCCACGACCCGCCGGAUCCUAACCAACCAAGACCAACCAUCGUUAUUAGUCUCACCAAAGCCCAAGAAACCGGCAGCUAAUAACCAUCCUUCGGUGCCUCCGGGAGAUGGGAAUCUGAGUGGCUUGGCCGGUCUCGAAAGUUACGGCUUGGAGCUCUUGAAAACCGUCGGAAAGGGUCACUUGAACCAGCUCUCACCCUCUCUGGUUACCAGAGAUGAGCAGGCCAUCGAUGCGUUGGAGGACGGUUGUUUGACUGCAGUGGCGAUCGUUAGUAGAUCCGCGCCCAAGGUGUCGUUUGAUAUCAUUAAAGAUGGUCGAUUGGUGGCUCAACUGACGGUGGUCAAGGCGGUCUACAGAUUAGGAGAAACGAUCGAAGGCUCGAUCUCGAUGAAUGGGAGUAUGAAUGAGCGAGAGGGGGGGCGAGUGGUGCGCUAUGGCGUCAGUCUAGAGUCCAUCGAAACCCUCAAACCCCAUCCUUCCUCUCCUUCUACCCCACACGAUCAUCAUCAGAAUGAUCGUGGUGAUGAGGGUGGGGGGAAUGGAGCAACGGGAGGAAGAUCGAGUCGCAAGGUGUACUCAGAGAUGGAGGAAUUGGUCGUCGAUUCGGCGAGGCUCCUUGAUCUCGUUCACUUGGGCCAUCAAACUGCGUCUCUUGUUCAUCUCUUUACCUCCUCCUUCUAA